ACGCAUAUAAGCAUUCCUUUAAAAUUCCUAAUUCUUUCGAAUAGGUCAAAAAUCUUAUGGCCUUAAUUAGGUAGUAAAAAAAUACAUACUUGAAUUAAAAUACGCGAAACUUAAGGCAUUACAGUAAGGGUAAUCUAUAGAAACAUGUAAAUACAUGCAUUCAAAAAAAGCGACGACGACGUAACGCGGAGGGCUCGAUCAAUACCAGUAGCGCGUGGGUUUUCACAAUGAGCACUGCUAUCAAGCUUUCUCCAAGGCCCAGAAAACACAAACAAAGGGCUGAAAAUAUGAAACAGGAAAUUGUGGUUCAAGUGCAUAAACAAAUUAAGUCCACUACGAGUUCUGACAAUGAUUACGCCAAUUCGGACGAUGUGGAUGUACCAAAAAGUGACAAAAAUGAAAAUUAUAGUGUUAUACACACACCUAGUAGAGAAAUUUCAGUGGAUGGGGAAAGCCAGAUUAAUUCAAAAAUUCUGUCUUUGAUAGAAACUGAAAUAAAACGAGACCAAAAUAAACACUCGCAUUUUACUGAAUCAAGACCCCAAAGUUUAAGCUUCUACGAAGAUGAAAAAAUGCCCGAAGAACUAUCAGGCAACUUGGAGUUGUUAAGUCCAGAAGAAAAAAAGCACUACCGUAAACGUAAGGAAUAUUCCCAAAUGGAGGUAGAAGAACGUAACGCGUACAACGCCAUACAAGAUCUUUACAGUUCAAGAGACCCGGAAGAAAUAAUAAAUGGUUCGAGCAAGAAAUCUAAAUCUCGAAAGAAGCGGUACGGCGAAUCGGAAGCUGGAAUCGGAGAUAGCAGAGAAAUGAUGAUACCCAAAGAAAAAAAGAAAAGCAAGAAGAAACGAAGAGAUCUUUCUCCUGGAUCUGCUGGAAAUACAACCAAAAGGAAACACAAGAAUAGACCUAGAGAAGAGGAACAUCAGCUUAAAACCGACAUAACCUUAGCUUUGGAAGAACUUCAAGAUGACGUUUUUGAAAAUACACUUGAAGAUUUUGGUAAUAAGGCAGAGAAAAUGAAGAAAAGUCCCCGAGGGUCGGACAAAAUUUACGUGCAAAAAAAAUCAAGAUUUGAAGAAACUAAUAGGCACCACGCGGUACCCCUGAACCGUCAAAGCGCUCAAGAUUUAGACUCUAUAAGUAAUUUAGAUAGAAGGUUUUCUUCCCGUUAUCCUGUAGAAAUAGCAAUAUUAUUUCAAAGAUGUUGGAUGCGAUUUUCUACAUUGUGUCAUGGAUUAUUAGGAGGUUUAGGACUAGGUCACUGGCUCUACAUUAUCUGCAACCUUCAGACUCAGGACCAUGCAUUUCUUAUUCAUUAUUCUUAUUAUAGUGAUGUCUAUGUAGGCCUAUUUUUUGCCUUAUGCGUAUUAUGCAUCAUAUCAGUUUUUGACAGAAUGGAUAUUGGCCAUUAUCAACCACACGACCUAUCAGAAUUUUUUAGAAAUAAAAAAUGUUCCUUUGUCAUAAUUGCCUACGUAACAUGUUUAACAGUACAUCUAGCAACUGCCCCGUAUGAUGAAAAGCUGUCACUACUCGCAUAUAGGAAUCACAGUUUACUUGGAAAUGAGGAUGGAAACCACACAGAGCUACUAGAAGAUGAACAUUUUAAAGACUUUGUGAUAACCUACUCAGAGCUAAAGACAUGGAAUCACUUAUCACUAUGGCGUGCGUUACUAGCGUUCACCGCGUGGAUCGUUCUCGGACUGGGGCAACCUGAUGAUAUGUUCUACAACCAUCUUAAGAACAUGGAACAAUAUUUACCAGAUAAAUGACAAAGUGAAAAAGCCAUCGUAACCCUUAUCAAACCCGAGUUAUCUCGACUCGAAUGUGAUAUUGUAAAUUAAUAAAGAUGUUUAUCGUAAAAAAAAGAAUAAGACUGUACUUAAAUAAUGCUUAAGCAUUACAAAAUAAGAUUUUCUAUAUAAUAAAAUUUAUUAUAUAGAAAA